AUGAUGGGGAGAGGGAAAACGAGGAAAGUCGAAAAAGGGGCUCUUGGGACGAGUCCCGAUGGGGAUUUAUCAAUCGAUUGCGGCCCGCGUAAUGUGCCUGCGGGCCCAGUGUAUUACCCGAGUGAGGAGGAAUUUAAGGACCCGUUGGAGUAUAUAUACAAGAUCCGGCCGGAAGCCGAACCUUAUGGAAUUUGUAAAAUUGUUCCCCCGGGGAGCUGGAAGCCCCCUUUUGCAUUGGAUGUGGACUCGUUUAAGUUCCCCACGAAAUCUCAGGCGAUUCACCAGCUGCAGGCACGGUGUGCGCCCUGUGAUCCGAAGACUUUUAGAUUAGAGUACAACCGGUUCUUGGAGGAGGAGUGUGGUAGGAAGGCCAAGAAGCGUGUUGUGUUUGAAGGGGAGGAUUUGGACCUGUGUAAGUUGUUUAAUGUGGUGAAGAGAUUCGGAGGAUACAAUAGUGUUGUCAAGAAGAAGAAAUGGGCCGAAGUUUUUAGGUUCAUACGUCCUGGAAAGAAGAUAUCCGAGUGUUCAAGACACGUCCUGUCUCAGUUGUACUGCGAGCACUUGUCUGACUAUGAAGAUUAUUGUUGUCGAUUGAACCAAGAGAAGGGCAAGGAUUGCAAGCUUGAUACGAGCGGAGGGAAAAAGUGUGAACCGGAGGUUGAGGUUCCAAGUGUUAAGAGAAGGCGGAAAAACAAAGAGGGUGAGAGGGUUGAAGUGCAUAAAGUAGAGGAACAACAGGUCGAUCAAAUAUGCGAGCAGUGUAGAAGUGGCUUGCAUGGGGAAGUUAUGUUGUUGUGCGAUAGGUGUAAUAAAGGCUGGCAUAUUUACUGUCUGUCUCCACCAUUGAAGUGUAUUCCUCCAGGGAACUGGUAUUGCCUAGAGUGCUUGAAUUCUGAGAAGGAAAGUUUCGGCUUUGUCCCGGGAAAGCAGUACUCAGUUGAGGCUUUCAGACGUGUGGCUGAUCGGGUAAAGAAGAAGUGGUUUGGAUCAUCUGCUGCUUCAUGGGAGCAGAUGGAAAAGAAGUUCUGGGAAAUUGUGGAAGGUUCUGCAGGGGAGGUUGAAGUUAUGUAUGGUAGUGAUUUGGAUACUUCUGUUUAUGGGAGUGGGUUUCCUCGUGAAGGUGAUCAAAGGCUUGCAUCAGUUGAAGCUGAUGUUUGGAAGGAAUAUUGCAGUAGCCCGUGGAACCUCAAUAACUUACCUAGGUUGCUAGGUUCAAUGCUUAGAGCUGUGCACCAGAACAUUGCUGGUGUAAUGGUGCCUUGGCUUUAUAUAGGGAUGCUGUUCUCUUCAUUUUGCUGGCACUUUGAGGAUCAUUGCUUUUACUCAAUGAAUUAUCUUCACUGGGGAGAACCAAAGUACUGGUACAGUGUCCCUGGCAACGAGGCCGAUGCUUUUGAAAAGGUAAUGCGAAGUAGUCUACCUGAUUUGUUUGAAGCACAGCCAGACCUGUUGUUUCAGCUUGUCACAAUGCUAAACCCCUCUGUUUUGCAAGAGAAAGGAGUCCCGGUUUACAGCAUUAUUCAGGAGCCUGGAAACUUCGUAAUUACUUUUCCCCAUUCUUAUCAUGGAGGCUUCAACUUGGGCUUGAACUGUGCUGAGGCUGUCAAUUUUGCCCCUGCUGAUUGGCUACCUCAUGGUGGUUUUGGGGCUGAGCUUUACCGGCAUUAUCGUAAAGUGCCUGUUCUAUCUCAUGAGGAGCUCCUAUGUGUGGUGGCGAAGACUGAGUUGAACAGAAGAGUAUCAUCAUACUUAAAGAAAGAGUUGCUUAGGAUAUACAACAAUGAGAAAACUUGGAGGGAGCAGCUGUGGAGAUGUGGCAUCAUUAGAUCUUCUCCCAUGAUUCCUCGAGCGAAGCCUGAGUAUGUUGGUACUGAAGAGGAUCCAAUGUGCGUCAUCUGCCGACAGUUAUUAUAUCUCUCUGCUGUUUCUUGCAGCUGUAGACCAUCCACAUAUGCUUGUCUAGAGCACUGGGAGCAUCUCUGCGAGUGCAAGCCGAACAAACUCCGUCUUCUGUACCGUCAUACUCUGGCAGAAUUGACUGAUUUGCUGUUGAAGGCUGAUAGUCAUUGUUCUGUUGAAGAUCUUGGUAAUACACAAAACGAUACGUCGUCAAGAAAAGCAGUUGCAUUGACAAAAAAGGUUAAGAGCGGCCGUGUCACAUAUUUGCAGCUUGCUGAAGAUUGGAUUCUGAGGUCAUGUAAGGUUCUUGAGCAACCAUACUCUAGGAGUGCUUAUGCCAGUCUAAUAGAAGAAGCAGAGCAAUUUCUUUGGGCUGGUGCUGAGAUAGAUCUGGUCCGAGAAAUGCAGAAUAGAUUGAUUCAAGCACGAAAUUGGGCAAAAGCUGUGAGACGUUGCCUUUCUAAAAUUAAGUUCUGGUCCAGUAACAAAAAUCGUGACAUGGAUAGAGUGCCCAUGGAUGAUGUCAAUGAGUUGCUCGGGUUAAGCCCUGCUCCUUGCAAAGAACUAGGCCUCCUUCUGUUAAAGGAUUAUCAAGAAGAAGCUAAUGAGCUGAUCCAGGAAAUUAAUUCUGCUCUGGAAACAUGUUCACGAUAUUCUGUGGUUGAUUUGGAGAUCUUAUAUGCGAAGACAGUUGACUCGCCCAUUCAUGUAAAGGAAAGUGAGAAGCUAAGACUAAAGCUAUCGACAGUUAAGGUUUGGUUGGGCAAUGCGAAAAAGUGCAUUUUUCAGAAAGAUCCCUCAUCAGUUGAGGUAGAUAUGCUCUAUAAGCUGGAGUCAGAGAUUUCGGAGUUACAAUUUCAGCUUCCUGAAGCUGUGCUGCUCAGUGAUUUAACUAGGCAAGUUAAAAUUUGUCAGUCACGGUGCAUUGAGAUUUUAGGAGAUUUGGUCAGCCUAAAGGAAGUCAAAUUGUUUCUCAGUGAAUGGGAGAACUUUCCUGUAAAGGUUCCAGAGCUUGAACUUUUAAAGAAAUAUUACAAUGAUACAGUGUCAUGGAUGUCACGUGUUGAUCGUGUGCUUAUGAAUGUUCAUGAACGGGAAGAUCAAGAAAAAGUUGUUGAUGAGUUAACAUGCAUCCUGAAGGAUGAGUCCUUGCUUAAAAUACAAGUCAAUGAGUUACCUCGUGUUGAGCUCGAGCUUCAGAAAGCGCACUGCCGUGUUAAAGCAUUUAAGGGACUUAACACUAAAAUGUCCAUGGAUUUCACUCAGCAACUUAUGUUGGAGGCAGCGAAACUACAGAUCGAGAAAGAGGAGAUUUUUGCUGAUAUUUCCCAAAGACAUGCUGCUGCCAUAUGCUGGGACGGAAAAGCGAAACAUGUUCUUGCUAUUAGGGCGCGUAUGUCUGACUUUGAGGAUCUUUUGAGGGCUUCUGAGCACAUUGGAAUUAUUCCAUCAUCCCUUCUUGACGUGGAGCUUGCAGUAUCAACAGCUAAAUCUUGGUUAACAAAAGCUAAACCAUUUCUAUAUCGUGACUCAUAUAAUUUCGCAGCAUCGGAUUCUUGUUUGGAAGUUGAUGUUUUGAAGGAGCUAGUGUUGCAAUCGGAAGAGCUGAAUGUACAUUUUGAAGAAUAUUUACUACUUCAAGAACUCUUGAAGAAGUGUGUGGACUGGGAACAUGAUGCCAGAACUUUACUACAGAAUGUGGAGUGCUUAUGGAAAACCGACAUUACAGAUGAGGUCACCACUGGCUCUAUUAUAACCAGACUUGAAUGUCAAGUCCUCUCGAUGGAGACUGCCAUCAAAAGUGGUAUUUCUCUUGGUGUUAGGUUGAACAUGAUUCAAAAACUUGAAGAUUCUUGUUCAACAUUCAAGUGGGGCAUUACUGCCCUUUCGUUUUGCACCACUGUUCCCACUUGCCAGGAAGUUGAGGCGAUGUUGGAUGCUGCUGCCAGUCUUCCUGUAAUAGAUAAAUCUGUUACUCUGUGGACUGCAUUGAUUGAUGGCUUAACUUGGCUAAAGAGCUCUCUUGAAAUUCUUGUUCCAUGUAAUCGUCAAUGUUUUCAAGUCAGAAGUGUUGAGGAAGUUCUUGUUCUGUCUAAGAAAAUUUGCAUCUCGUUUCCAAUUAUUACUGGUCGUCUUCGUGAUGCAGUUGAAGAUCACAAAUUGUGGCUGGAGAAAGUUAAUCUAUUUUCUGCUCUCGACUCUGUGGAUCGAUCGUAUGAUAUACUGAUGCAGCUAAAGGACCAUGGAAGUUCGAAGGCAUUCAACUGUCUAGAGCUAGAGAAGGUUCUUUGUGAAUACGAAAAGAUUAAAAAAUGGGCACAGCGUUGUGCAGACAUAAUUAAGCCUCCAUCUGCAGAAGAAGAUUCACUUCCUAGUGCUCUUGUAGAGUUAAAGAACACUCUCGAGAGAUCUUUUGAAGUGUACGGUAAUUAUGAGGGAAGAGAAUCUAGAAACUUAUGCAAAUGCUGCUCUAGUGCUAGUGAGGAUCAAGAACUUUUGAGCUGUUCUAUUUGCAAGGACAGGCAAGUCUUGCUUGGGCUGGCAAUGGACAUUCCUUCAGAAGAUUACUUCACUCAGAAACUGACAGAAACAAAAAAUACGGUCAUCCAAUGGGCCGAAACAGCAAAGAAGGUAUCUGUGGAUGGUGGAAUGCUUGGAUUGGAUAAAGUAUUCGAACUUAUUUCGGAAGGCGAGAGUUUACCUGUAUCUUGUGCAAAAGAACUGAAGUUAUUGCGAGAUCGGAGUAUGCUUUACUGCAUUUGCCGAAGACCAUAUGACCGUAGGCCUAUGAUUGCUUGCGAUAAGUGUGAUGAAUGGUACCAUUUUGAUUGCGUGAAAAUCUCUUCGGCACCGAAGUUUUACAUCUGUCCUGCAUGUGAUCCUCAUCAAACGACAUUCUCAUCAAAACCGAAUCUACUCGAGAGAUUGAAUGGAAGCAAACUUGAAGAGCCUCAAACGCCUUCAAGGUGCUCCGAACUAAAGACUAUCUCACAGAAAUCGAAGAAGAUGCUUUCAGUUAGCAGCAGCGAAAGAUUAUUGUGGAGGAAUAAGAAACCUUUCAGAAGGGCAGCUCGAAAGCGUGCUGAACUUCAAAGUCUAUCUCCAUUUUACCUUGUACAUGACAAGUCAUAA